AUGGCGGCCGCGGCUCAGGCGCUGAGCGGCUCGGGGCUGCUUCUGGCCGCCGCCGCCCUCGCCCUCCUGGCCGUGGCCAUCGGCACCGACUCCUGGUACCAGACGGACGCGCGGCGGCACCGCGAGCGCUGCCGGAGCUUCGGCCACAAGCGCAGCGACCCGCCCGGCUCCAUGUCGGCGCCCAGCCCGCACCUGCCGCUCCGCGCCCGCCCCCCGCGGGCCCUGCUGCCCGGCCACCCCCCGGCCUCUGCCCCGGCCCCGGCCGCCGCCGCCCUGGACUCGCACUGCGGCCGCCGCUUCAACUCCACCGUCUCCGGGCUCUGGAGGCGCUGCCACCGCGCGGGCUACGAGCCAGACAGCGAGGAGCUCAUCCGGAAAGGAGUUAUUCAGCGCUGCACUGCUGUGAAGUACCAUUACACCUCAUCCUCUCUGCCACGCAAUUUACCCAUCAAUAUUACCAACAUCAUCCGGCAGGACGAGUGGCAUGCUCUCCAUCUGCGGAGAAUGACAGCCGGCUUCAUUGGCAUGGCAGUCUCCAUCAUCCUGUUUGGCUGGAUCAUUGGUAUGCUGGGCUGUUGUAAACAGCACGAGCUCAUGCAAUACGUGGCAGGGCUGCUCUUCCUCAUGGGAGGUACAUGCUGUAUCAUCUCACUCUGUACCUGUGUGGCUGGGAUUAAUUUUGAGUUGUCUCGCUAUCCUCGCUAUGUCUAUGGGCUGCCAGAGGAUAUCAGCCAUGGCUACGGCUGGUCCAUGUUCUGUGCCUGGGGAGGCCUGGGACUUACUCUUUUGGCUGGAUUCCUCUGCACGCUGGCCCCCUCGCUCAAUGCCUCUCGUACUGCUGUACAGAAACCCAGACAGGAAAAUGGAGCUGUGUGACCUCAAAGGGUGCAGGAGAAGAGACUCCAGCAAGCACAGCCUAGGUAAAGCUGUGGGUUAACAGCCCCAUGGAGAUGGCAUUUCAGCCCCAUUGCGGAGAGUGGUACACACCUGUGGAACAAACUAGGGAUGUUAAAGGUUUUUGGCCAAGUCCUGGGGCAAAUACGACGCUGUGGUUCUCCUGCUACAGAAUUUCUGUCUUAGACUCUACGACAAACUGGGGUUAAUGUCUUACUGACUAGCUCAUUGAUUUAAGAGGGAGUUUUUCUUUUAUAAACAAGGGAUUAUCUCCUGUUUAUUUGAAACACUAACUGCAGCUCUUUUGUUCUAGUCCAGUUGUGGAGGAUUCUUGUCCAUUAUAAAUGUGUAGCUGCAGAGUUUGUGUAACACUGACAGGAGGCUGAACACCCUUCCAACUGGCUUGCCCUCUAGCAGUUUGGCUCAGCCCUCCAUCGUCCAAAAGAGCGUGGCUAUCCAAAUAGUGGUUAGGGCAAUUCAUCCAUCCUCAGU